UGUGGUGAUAUAUGCCCCACGGGACGAGGCGGAGAUUGAAAUUGCCAUAACCAUCGUGAAGGCAUCAAUCGAGUAUAUGACAAGCGCACGAGGCGCUUUGGAGUAAGACGAACCCAAAAUUUGGGGAAACGAAUGUUGCAACGACAAUCGAGCAGAGGCUGGACUAGUACUGCAGGGCAGCUUUGCAUUGGGGUAGGGCUGGAGUUGAACUUUGGCCUGGCUUUGAAUCUACUGUCACCUAUUCUGAGCGGAGUCUUCCUUUCAUCCAAAAUCAAUAUCUUACUGCAUUAUCUAUUGAUGCUGUGUUGCAAUACCGUUUCCAAUUAUCGCAAAACGCCCGAUGUAUAUCUUAUAGCCGGGAAACUUGCAGGUAUAUUAUCCCUUCAUAGGCGAGACGAGUCCUGGGGACGAGUAAGGUCCAUACUGGAAAUCUGCAAGGUUCCUCUCCAACAGCCCAUGUCGGUUCUGCCAACCCGAGCCCAAUCCAGCCAUUCACCCUUUGUGUGGGGCCUCCAGGUGAAUUGUGCAACCCCACAAGGGGUCUCGCACCCAUGCUAAAUUCAGAGAGAUUUAUGAAGAUCAAAUAUUUCCAGGCCAUGGAAGCUGCAUUUCGCUUGAUCGCGCGCUUGAGCCGAUGCACCUGAGCCGUUAAGU